AUGGAUGUCGAUGAUGUUUACUUAGUGCAGCAUCAUCAUUGGGUUCAUGAUACAUCGGUCUUUCCGGAUGAGCGCCAACGAAUACAGCUGGCGCUCCUGAUCCUUUUGCAGGCAUACACUGCAACACGUCCACGGGUCUUGGCGUACAAGAAGCUGAGCCAGAAAGCUAUUAAUGAUCACUAUUUCGGUAAUGAAGACGAAGACAUGGAAUCGGAGGAACAUGCAGGCAAAUGGGACCCCAAAGAAGACGACUUUAAAACAAUUACAUACGGCGAUGUCAAGUUGGUACUUCUCAAAUCGGCAGAAGGAGGAAGGGAUAUUCUGGCGAUUCGCGGCCCCGACGGGAAAGGAGCUUCCAGCUUCCAGGACUCCACCGAUAGUUGGAGCAACCGUAAUUCCGCUGUGUAG